UCUUAUUGAUAUUCUUUUGUACACUCCGUCAAACGUUCAUAUAUUUGUUCUACCUCUAACAUAGACUUCCAGCGAAAACAAGAAAACCUCAUAACAAAAACCAUGUGUUGCUGCUGCUGCGAUGAUGAUUGUAAAUGCAGGCCUUUAGGCUUUCUCUUAGGCCUACCCUUUGCUCUCCUCUCUGUCCUCCUCUCUGUCAUCGGUGUACUUAUAUGGAUUGUUGGACUGGUGUUGUCUUGCGUAUGCCCUUGCUGCUUCUGUGUGACCAUCAUCGUUGAGUUCGCACUGGGGUUGAUCAAGGCUCCCUUCCUGGUCAUGAAGUGGUUCACCUCAAAGAUUCCUUGCUAGGGUUCUUGCGUAUAGAUGUCAUCGAUUUCUGUUUUACAGUAUAUGCGAUUCCAUUAAUUGCUGAUUAGCACUGGAACGUUGUAGUUUGACUUUUUAUUUGGACAUGGGAGUAGGAUGACUCUAUUUUCUGGCCUCUCUCGAUUCCUCCGUCCCUUCACCUUAUGGCUUCUGUUAAAAUUGAAUUUUCCUUCCUUUGAUUAUUUGACAUUUGUUUAGAUAUCAAGCAUUGCUAUUUUUGUUACAUACUUUAUUUCAUGAAUAUUGUUUUAGCUA